AUGGGUGGAUGUCAAAGUCGCAGCAAACCAGACCUAGCUGUCACGGAACCGCAGAAGUCUGAGUCUAUAAAGGUGUGCAGCGAGGAAUUGGAGGAUGAAGAGCUCACCAUUCCUGAUAUCAGCUACGGUACAUUUAAUCGCGUUGCGCUCGAAUGGGACACAUUAGGGCGGCUCAUUCCCUUCGACUCAAACAAUGCUGAGGAUGGCGAAUCACCAGAAGAUCCUCUGUCUGAAUUCCAGUCUCUACGCCGACAGCUCACCAACACAAAGCAGCGUGCCUAUUUCACUAAACCGGACGAUGAGGGCGCUGUUCCUGUGAUACAGAAACUGGGUACGGGAGGGACGGUCCACGAAAACCAAUCAUUAGAUCGGUUUAAACGUGCUAUUGACAUGUGGACCAACUUCAAAAUAAGCACCAAGGCUCUCAAGCAUCUGCACGGCCAGACUGAUGCAUGGAGCUACUUUGACAAGACCCAUGUUCCCCUGCCUCAGGAAUUGUUUGGCAGCCAUAGCUCCGACUCUAUUAAUGCAUUACAGGACGAGGAUCACACAGAUUCCGGUCGACUUUCUCAGCCAGACGACCACGCCUCACUUAUUUCUAGUAGGGAUGGCAGCAUUCCGUCGAUGCCCAGCCUCAAUCACACUCAGACUGCUUCUAUACAACCGGAAAGUGUGGAAAAUGACACUGUGGCGUUGGACUCUGCUAACCGUACCAAUCGCGCUGAAUCGCUAGACCCUGACUCAUCAGGGGAUAUGCUGCUUGACACCGAAGUAUCACAGGACAUGCUGAAUUACGAAAUAGUAAUUCGCCCCUACUUUGACGAAGCCCAAAGGCGCCGUUCCUACACAUGUGUAUAUAGGCCCCGCAGUGAAGUAUCGCCACGAGACAAAAAGUGUCAUAUAGAUGCCAACGUAUUGCAGAUGUUGGGGGACUUACUGGACCCAUUCCAGCCACACCAAGAGAACAGUAAACGCCUAAAAGCCAUAGAAACAAUCAGACACAUAGUAGGAGCCGGUGAUAUAGAUGUAGACAUCAGAGGAUCUACUACAGCUGAUCUGUAUGGGCUAUCACAACGCCCCGUACGGCGAAAGACACCAGGCGACGGACGUCGAGCGUUGGACUUGCGUACGUUGUCCACACUUAGCGAUGCUAGGUGUGCAUACGAAAAUGGCGAAAUAUACGUCCCAGCUGACUGCUUGGAAAAGUUGGAAUAUGUGAUUGACAAUGGCAUCUGCUGUGUCAACCGCCAAAAAACACCCGAUUCACCUAAUCAGGAAGUUACCAAACCAAAGAGUGCGGUACAAGGCCGUUUUGGAGAUAUGUCAGAUAUCCCGCUGUUAUUUUAA